UGUGAUUGUUCCACUUGAUACCGGUCAGGGAAUGGCUUUAAUGAACGACUUGGAAAGACAGUCGGCGAGUCUAUUCAAGAUUAUUUAUUCAAGAAAUAGAAAUGACACAAUGAAUAGCAAAGACGUCCACUGUUUAGGUUAACUUUCAUAUGUUAGGACGUUAUUAACGAGACGAAACAGCUGUCAAGUAAACGAUUGCUCGCCCCCCCCAAAUAUCUUUAGUUUAACAACGCUACAGGUUUUAUCUAACCUACCUAGUAACCGAGCAUUGUCUGUUUUUGUGCAGAUAAAACGUCAUUUAAUUAACGUUUGGUGUCAACGCCAGGCAUUUAUUUUUUGGGGGGGACGGCGGUGACCACGUCAGCCAACGAGUUUUUCUCCAGCCUGGUCAAUCGUGAGCGGUGUGGCGUGUUUCUUUCCAGUUCAGUCGUGUGAUUUGGAAAGUAAGCCGUGUUCGAUAUUAAAGCGUUUUUUUUUGUUUUUUUUUUGUUUUGAGAAGUUUUGCAAUGGCUCCAAUGGGGAUCCGCCUCUCGCCCCUCGGUGUAGCCGUAUUUUGCCUCCUGGGACUGGGGGUCAUCUACCAUCUGUAUGCCGGGGUGAUCUCCAGCCGCCUGGCUGCUUUCAGACCGAAGAGGAAAGUGGAUCUGAGGGACCUGCUGGCUCUGUCAGUGGAGGCUGCAGUGCAAGGAGGAAAAGAGGUGAAGAAGGUGCAUGAGGAGAACACCUUGGAGGAGAGGUCAAAGGGCAAGACCAAAGAGGGAGUCGUUGAGUUGCUUACACAGGGUGACCUGAGGUCGCAUAAGAAGAUGUACUACCUUAUCAAGAACACCUUCCCGGAAAUCACGGUGAAUAGUGAGGAACAUGACAAUUCGGUGGAUGAAGCUGCGGUAUGGAGCCGGGAAAUCUAUGCUGACAUCGAACAGAAAAUUGAGGAGGGCAAUGAGGUUCCUGCUGAGAGCAUCACUGUAUGGAUAGACCCCCUGGAUGCUACCCAGGAAUAUACUGAGAACCUGUUGCAGUAUGUAACCACCAUGGUGUGUGUGGCCGUGGAGGGUAAACCAGUGUUAGGAGUCAUACACAAACCUUUCACAGGAUACACCGCGUGGGCGUUUGUGGGGCAGGGAUCAAAUGUUCGUCCCCGGUCAUCCUACAGUGUGAGUCCCCCCAAGGUGAUAGUGUCGCGCUCCCACGCCGGCAAGGUGAAAAAUUUUAUUCAGGAUGCAUUUGGAAACAAUACGACCAUCAUACCAGCAGGGGGCGCAGGGUAUAAGGUCCUGUCCCUCUUGGAGCCUCCUCCAAAUGAACCAGAGUCUACAGACCAGGCAGAUAUUUACAUCCAUGUCACCUACAUUAAGAAAUGGGAUAUCUGUGCUGGUGCAGCGUUACUGGCAACACUGGGUGGCCAGAUGACAACACUUCAGGGGAAAGACAUUGACUACAGUGGGACAGAGGCCAACAAAGAAGGACUGGUGGCCAGUGUUAGUGUGGACCAUAAAGCACUAGUGGAGCGACUACCAAGCUGGGAACCCUGAUAAGCACUGAUACACACACAGACAUGCAGAGCCAUUGAUAGUUUGGCCAGAUUGCAGCACGGGCACCCCGUUGCGGUUCCGAGAAAUGUUGGCUGCACGCGUGUUACACGGCCAUCUGUGACGUCACCUCGGUGAGAUGGCCGGCCUUCUUAAACAACCACCGAGCUGAAGAUUGUGUAGACAACAUGGAGGUCACUCAAAGCUGCAAUGCUGAGACACUUAUCAAUGGCUCUGCAAGCACACUAGCACACACAACAAUACUGUAGGUACUCGUGACUAGGAAAAACUCCAAUACAUCCAAAAUCUCAAGAAAACUGACACACAAACCCAUGCUCUCAGUGAACAAUGGAAGACAGGCACUCCCAACCCAGUACUCCUAACACUGUUACAGAAUAACUUUGGUUGAUGCUUUUGGGGUUGAAAUGAACAGCACAAUGACACAUAAAAAAACAAUGGAGAGAUGAAAUAUGGACAUCUUUAUCAUCAUCAUCAGUCCCAUCCUUGUUACAGGGACAAACAACAUGACAGGAACAUCUGCUUCAUUGUCUAAUCCUCCUUGUCGUUGUCAAGUGAUAAAACAGUGACAAAUAAUAGCCCACGGUAUAUUUUAGUCUCAUUGCAAAACCACGUUUGCACUGUGUCGUUCUCACUGCCCAUGUCGUCAUCUGCCCAACCAUGACAGAGUUGAUGUUUGUUAAAAGUCAGCCCUGUGAUGGACUGGCCAAUGAAUUGAAUUUGGCCAUCUAGCUUUGUUCCAGAUAGAUGGGUAAAAUUUAAUUAUUUAUAUUUAAAACUGGAGAGUGCCUCACUUUGGGAGGAGUGAAGGCCUCGGUAGCAUUUAAGACACGUGUAAUCGGUGACCAUUUGGCAUUAUCACGCAGCCGGAGUCAAACCACCAACCUUCCAUUCACCAGCAACUUGGGACAGAGGAAGUGGAGUUCACGCUGUCAGAUUCGAUCAGCUACUCGAAAACGGUCGUCUGGUGGUGGUUAGGGACGAUUUCAAUGUACUUCUAGUUAGUAACUGUAUCAUGAGGUGUCAUCUGAGCUACGCGGACACAGGACCCCCCCCCCCCAGUGUACAAAACUGUACAUUGGUGUGGUAUUGAAAUGCACUCUCGACUGGACUGGCAGCAUCAACUCCACAUACUGGUUUCUCCUGAAGCCGGAAGAGAAAAUUGGUCACAGGGACACUCGUGCAUUAUUGUUAGCGUAUUGUUUUUAAUGACCCUGGACCCCAGGCUAACUUUAUUAAUUUAGGUCCUGGGUUUAAAUUGUCAAAUAAAACUGUUUACUUCAAUGCAAGAUACUGAUGUUGGACAAGAGACGUCAGCAGUAAGCCUGCAGUGGUACAAGUGCACAAGUGAAUGAAGAUGAUUACAAAGAAAUUUUCUUACUAUUAUAAUUCUUGAGUAAAUUCUAUUACAACAUAAGCCAUUUAUUUACAAGAAUAGAAUUUACAAAAAAAAAAGAAAAAAGGUCCAGAUGGGGGAAAAAACAUGGGUGAAAUGCUCCUGUGUUCAUGUUGGGUGAAUGUGGUGGCAGGUUGAAAUAUCCAGGGAGGUUUUUUUUUUCUUCCCCUGCUAGAUGCAGUAUACAGCCCUUCAUCCCCCUCAUUUGAAUUUUUUUCUUUUUUGGGGGGGGAUUUAAGAUUAUGUAACCUCUUUAUUUUUUUCAACUCCUGUUGUUUCAAGUAUGCAGAUCAAGCAUUAAACUCAAGUGCACAACCUCACAAUGCUGCUGCAUUGAGCCUUAAAGGUCAGGGACUCGUCUACGUUACUGAUGGUACUGGCAAGACUUGCACACAAUGCUGACACACAACGGAUCAGAGGAUCGAGCUGCAUUUCCCUUUUAAAGCAGAUGAAGAACGGAAUGAUAGUGUUGUCUGCACCUCCUUCUUAAGGAAACGUACAGCGGACAACCUGUCCCAGUCCAAAAUAUGGAGACUCGUUUAUCUCAGACGCACACUGAGAAACCUGGCGGGUCUCUGGUAAAUGGGUAUAAUUGAAGAUAACAAUGGUGUGAUGGAAUUAUAACCAAUUUUUAAUGGCGUUUGUGGAUUAUCCUGCAUUUGUGGGUAUUUAUGGGAUAUGGCUUCUUCCUAUGUCUUCAUAAGCUACUAGUCAUAUUGUGGCUAGUGUAACAACCCCUGGUUGGCUAUGCCCUAAUAGCAGUCUGGUUUGAUUCCCAUCUCGUGUUUCGCAGCAUUUUUUAUAACUCAAAAGGUACUGCGGACUAUCUAACCCUGGGAAACGUGGUAGCGGAGAAAUAUUUAAAGUGUACACAACUGUGCUGAUUUCUUAUUUCCUUACAUGUUCUGCUGAAAUCAGCUUCAGCAGACGGGACGGUACGGCAAGUUGUGAUGCGCAUGCAGACGCAUGUUUUAUACCUCUGAGUAACCUUUGACCCCUUGUUGCAGCUCAUCAAAGUUGACUGCAAAAUCUCACGGGUUUGAACAACCCUUUUUCCUGUGGGGAUGAAUUGGCCAGGUCUUGCUGUAAUGUCGACCAUAAUUGUGUCUGCCUGUUUUUAAGUGACCAUUAAAUAGACAAUAGCAUGAGU